CCCAAGCCACCUGUGACAUCAAGAUCAAGGGUCACCUGGUACAGCAAGAGCAAGAGCAAUCAGUGACCCUCUCCGUGCCUUCCUCAACAACACCACAAGGCUACUAGUGUCUCCUAGUAGGCCGUCACACCUCUUCAACAACGACAAAAUCCGUGAAAGUGUUUUAAGGGACUGUAAGACGGGGUUAUCCAGCCGUGAGUGGAGGCCAUGACGGAGAAGUACUUGUUCAGCCAGAGCGGGGUGGUGGAGGAGAUGUUCCUGCCCGGCAAGGCCAUACUCACCUUCCAGCUCAACGGCCAGGUGCAACGCGUCCUGCUCUGGGUCAAGUGUUUUGUGCACCAGGGCAAGGUGCUGGACAAGUCAGACAGCUUUGCAGGGAAGCUCAGCAUAGGAGAUGUGCUGCACUUUGAUUGCCAUGUGUAUGACAAGGAGUCAAGUGACAACUGCCAGUGGUAUGCAGCCCGGGCAUGCAAGGAAGCAGUGAGUGAGGCAAGUGUGCAGCCCAACCCCAGAGUCAUCAGCCAGAAUGGAUACAUCUCAGAGGUUGAUCACGGAAAAGGAGUCAUUGUCUUCGAUUUUUACGAUGAGGAGCAGCGUGUGUUCUUCAUGCGGUCCAAGUUCUUCCUCUUUGGCAAGAGGCUUGCAGGCAAACGCAGCCUCCGAGAGAUGCUGACUGAGAAUGACCCUUUGCAGUUUGAUGCUGAGAUGUGUGAGCCAAAUGAGGAAAAUUAUAACUGUAACUGGUUUGCCACAAUGGUGUGGAAAGGCAAGAAGCCCAUAGUUGGGAAUGCUUGUCCUAGUGGAAUGGUGGGCUACACAGGGGUUGGUGGAGGCAUGAAUGAUUGUGGCUCCUUAGAUGAUGUGGGAAACAUCACUUCAGAGUUAAGUACAGGGCCAACCCACACCGGCCUGGAUGAGUUCCCGACCCUUGGACUCCCACUUGGCAUGGUAUUCCCACCCGGCUAUUCUGAGAAGCAGGGAUACAAGGCAUUUGAGGUGAGCAACACCCCGCGGGAAGGUCCUGGCAACGUGCUCAAGCUGUUCAAUGAGGAGUGUGGUCUGGCCCUUUGGAUGGUGCGCUGCAACACCUGGGAGACUGUCUUCUUCCACCGACGCAGCGCCUUCCUUGACUCUGUCUCCCUCAGGAACUUUGACCUACAGGAGUCUUACUCUGAAGGGACGUCAGUGGAGAUCUCAGCUGUGCCGGCUAAGACCGAGUUCCCGUGUCGAUGGAUUGCACGUCGGGUGGUGGCAACUUGUUGACGCUCAUACUAAACAUAUUUAUCACCAAAUGUUAAAAUUUUGUAUUUUAACUGCACUAAUAAAAUUUCCUUCUUUGUUAAGGAAAGGUAAAGGUAGAUGAUGUUGUAAAAUCAAUACAUAACACUUAUUGGCAUGUUUUUAUUGAGAUUCCAAGUUAAUAUGAAAAUGUUAUAAAGAAAAUUGUAUCCAAUAUUGUGAAAAAUUUAACCCUACACAGAUAUGGAAGUAUCAUACAAGUGAAAAGUAUUAUUUGUGUACUUAACACAUCUAAGAUAACUGGAUAUGGACGGAUCACUUUGAAACAUAAGAUAUGCAAGCAUCAUAUUCAUGAAAAAAUAUUGCAUACUCAAACCACUUAAAAGAUAACUAGAUAUGGACGGAUCUCUUUGAAACACAAGAUAUAUACCAGUACAAAAGUCAUGACCAAAUUGGCAUGGGCAGCAUAUUCUUAGAGGACCUGAAGUUUUGUAUGCACAGAAUAAAUAUUUUAAUAUAUAUACAUGCAGCCAUUUUUUCUUUCACAUGGUUUCUCUGCAUACAGUCCACAAACUAUUCACUUUUUUCUUUUUCUUGCAUGAAUUUUGAUCUUGUAGUGUAUUUUCAUAGACUACUUACUGUAACACUUUUGCCUUCACUUCAUACAUCAAUAUAAUUUUCAUGUUUGUUGCUCUGCUAACUACACUCUAUCAUUUGCCUUUGCCAGUAUAAUUUUGGUAUUUGUAGUUGUUAAUUAUGUGCCAUUAUCAUUCAUUUACAAUUUAAUUUUUACAUAACUUUUAAUUACUGUUACUGCUAAUUAUAAUUAUAUCACUUAAUUUUGCCAGUUUCAUAUUCAUUACUAUGACCUUACAGCCUUGGCAGCUACAUGUGUAUCACUCAGAGGAGCUGCUCAGGGCAGGCAUCAGGCAACUGUGUACCUCUAUUAAAAAAAAGUGCUGCAACCUAAUUUUUGUGGCCUUGGCGUACAUUCCCACAUGAACAGGCUCAUCUAAUUUUUAAGCAUUUUUUAUAAGAUUAUAUUUACAGAGUUGUGCAAGUUUUAUAUGGAUAUAUGAUGAAUGUUAGGGAAAUGUUAAUUUAUCAAAUUAUUUUUGCAAAGUCAGUUUGCCAAAUUUUCAUGUGAUUUCCUAAAUAUUUUACACGGCUAUUAUAAACAGAGUUGUUGUCACACCAUGAAAAUAAAUUUUUUGAUUA